UAACAUUUUCAUACAAGAUUUUAACCUUUUUUGCCGCUUCUGCUUUGACUGCGCGGGGGGCAUCAACCAUGUCGACCUUAGCGGGAUGCCAGUUCUCGGCAGGGAGGCUGACUGCAGAGAUGAACGCUUCGCGCGUCUUUGCAUCAAGUUCAUGCUAUCAGAUUCCAACAAACCUUAGGCGAUCGAUCGCAGCCUCCGGCCCCGCCUCCCCCUUGCCCUCCUCCCACCCACUCCUCUCCCCCCAUCGAGGAUAUCGCCGUGUUGCUGCCCACUUCAAGCCCUCCUCCUCUUCUUCCCCCGUCUCCGGCAGCAGCGACGUCAGCAGCCCCGCCGGCGUCAGCAGUAUCAGCAGCACCGGCGCAUCCGCAGAGCUGCCCAUUCUGUCCCCCCUUCCCUCCUCCGCCCCCGGUCCCGCCCCGGGUAAUGAGGCCCCGCUGGGUCCGGUGCUGCUGGCGGUGGCGGUGGCGUGUGCGGGGAGCUUCGCCUUCGGAUUCAACUUGUCGGUCAUCAAUGGACCGUUGGAGACCAUUGCGGGGGAUCUGGGCAUUGCGGGGAACAAGGCGCUCAUGGGGCUGGUGGUGAGCAGCACGCUGGCGGGUGCGGCGCUGGGCAGUCUGGCGGGCGGCGGUGUGGCGGACAGUUUGGGGCGCAGGAUGUCCUUUCUGCUGGCCGCAGUGCCCAUGAUGGGCGGCCCCCUGCUGAGUGCGGUCGCCUCGGACAUCACCCUCAUGACCCUGGGUCGAUUCCUGACGGGAACGGCGAUUGGUCUGUCAUCGGCGCUGGUGCCCACAUACAUCAGCGAGGUCGCCCCCACCCGCAUCCGAGGUACCCUGGGCACCCUCAACCAGCUGACCAUCUGCCUCGGUAUCCUGGGGGCGCUGCUGGUCAAUGUGGUGCUGCCGGCCGCUCAGUGGAGGGCCAUGUUCACUGCAGCCGCGCUGCCCGCGGUGCUGCUGGGGCUGGGUAUGCUUCUGGGUCCUGAGAGCCCUCGCUGGCUGGCCUCGCAGCACCGGGACGCGGAGGCGGCGGAGGCGGCCAGGCGGUUGUGGGGACCGCAGGGCCCGGCAGAGCUGGACACAUCGCGGACCUCUGCAGCGGCGGCGGCGGCGGCGGCGGCUGCUGUGGACGGCAGCUCCCCGGGUACUGCGGUGGCUCAGCCCGGUGGCUUGGCGCUGCUGAGGGGCCCUGCCGCCCGGCCACUGCUGAUCGGGGUGACGCUGUUCGCCUUCCAACAGUUCGCCGGUAUCAAUGCACUUGUGUACUUCUCCUCGUCGGUGUUCCGGCAGGCGGGUGGUUGUGGGGGGUGCAGGGCGGGUGUCAGCAGUGACGCGCUGGCCAGCGCCGCAGUGGGCGCCACCAACGUCCUAGGAACCGUCAUUGCCGCGGGGCUCAUGGACCGGGCGGGGCGCAAGCAGCUUCUGGCAAACAGCUUCCUGGGACAGGCCGCCGCCAUGUUCGCCAUGGCUGCCGGCUUCAGCCUGCCCGCCCUGCAGCCCCAGGCGGGCACCAUCGCGGUGGUGGGCACGCUGGGCUACAUCCUGGCGUUCGCGCUGGGAGCCGGACCCGUGCCCGCGACCAUUGUACCGGAGCUCAACCCGCUCAGCACGCGAGGCAAAGCCGUGUCAGCAGCCUUCGUGAGCCAUUGGGUCUGCAAUGUGGUGGUAGGACAGACCUUCAUGUCUGCCGUACAGUCGUACGGCUUGGCCCCGGUGUAUACCUUCUUCGGGAUCAUGGCACUGGCGGGGGCGUUCUACGUGCGUAGCCAGGUCCCGGAGACCAAGGGCAAAACUCUGGAGCAGAUUGAAGCGGAGCUCCGGGGUGAUGCCAAGUCGGCGUGAGUUGUCCACAGGAAUGGGCAUAUUGUCGUGAUGGGCUGGCGGCCCCAAUGCAUCGCCAUGUGCUUCGGAGAGGAAGAGAAUACGUGCAUAUGCAUAAGUACGAUUGAUCAGCAUGCAUCGCCCUCAUGAGUGGCAUGCAUGCACUUAUACUGGCAACGGCGUGGAUGUCUUGCGUAGUGUUAGGGCAUUUGCACCCCAAGUUUUGAGUCCGUGCAUGUUGGUUAUAUUCUGGCAUACAGGGAUAGAGCUGGACCGCCAUAAGCGUAUCUUGUUGGAAAUACAGCGGUUGAUGGUUUGCGCAGCUUGCGGAGAGAGUUGACGCAGAGAAUACUGUUUCUGUAGAGUACUUUGUUCCCAUUCGAAUUGCUCGAGGAUUUUACUCAAUAUGAGGUUGAACAGUCAAGUGGCAUCUAGGCAUGUAUGGUAAAGGUUGGCCUAUUGUCUACUGCAUUUGCAGCCGCUUCUGUUGUUGAAGGAAUGGCUUGCAAAGGGGCUUGCACUUUUGUGGUGGUGUUGGACCGUUGGCCUUUACAGCUUGUAAGCACUGGUGCUCUGC